GGCGUGGGCUGGCUGAAAGCCGGUAGUUAAGGUGCCGAGGGCGGCUGUAGCGGGAGUGUUGGAGCAUCCGCUUGGUUGAAGUUGAAGCUUGCUGUUGAAGAUGGCAGACCCAGAUGUCCUCACCGAGGUUCCAGCAGCAUUGAAACGGCUAGCCAAGUAUGUCAUCCGGGGCUUCUGCGGCAUUGAGCACGUGUUGGCCUUGGACAUCUUGAUCCGCAACCCCUGUGUGAAAGAAGAGGACAUGCUGGAGCUGCUCAAGUUCGAUCGGAAGCAGCUUCGGUCUGUUUUGAAUAACUUGCAGGGAGACGAGUUCAUCAAGUGCAGAAUGAGGGUAGAGACGGCCGCAGAUGGGAAAACCACGCGCCAUAACUACUACUUCAUCAACUACCGCACUCUUGUCAAUGUCGUCAAGUACACACUGGACCACAUGAGAAGGCGGAUUGAGACGGAUGAGAGAAAUUCCACCAAUCGGGCCUCCUUCAAAUGUCCUGUCUGUUGCAGUACUUUCACGGACCUAGAAGCUAAUCAGCUGUUUGACCCUAUGACAGGAACUUUCCGCUGUACCUUUUGCCACACAGAGGUAGAAGAAGACGAAUCAGCAAUGCCCAAGAAAGAUGCUCGCACACUUUUGGCAAGAUUUAAUGAACAAGUUGAGCCCAUUUAUGCAUUGCUUCGGGAGACAGAGGAUGUAAACUUGGCCUAUGAGAUACUUGAACCGGAACCCACAGAAAUCCCUGCCCUGAAGCAGAGCAAGGACCAAGCAGCCAGUACUGCUGGGGCUGGCGGCCUGGCAGGCGGGCACCACCGGGAAGCAUGGACCAGCAAAGACCCCUCUUAUGAGGACUUAUAUACUCAGAAUGUGGUCAUUAAUAUGGAUGACCAAGAUGAUGUUCAUCGCACCUCGCUGGAGGGGAAAUCUGCCAAAGAGAGGCCCAUUUGGUUGAGAGAGAGCACUGUCCAAGGGGCCUAUGGUUCUGAAGAGAUGAAGGAAGGUGGCAUCGAUGUGGACACAUUUCAGGAGCAUGAGGAAGCCCACUCAGGACCUGAUGACAAUGAGGAGGUCAUGCGAGCUCUACUCAUUCAUGAGAAAAAGACUUCCUCAGCGACAGCCGGCUUGGUGGGAGCAUCCGCGCCAGUGACUGCUGCCAAUGGCAGUGACUCGGAGAGCGAGACCAGUGAGUCAGAUGACGACUCCCCGCCCAGGCCAGCAGCUGUGGCUCCCCAUCAUCGGGAUGAGUUUGAGGAAGUAGCUGAUGACCCCAUUGUUAUGGUAGCUGGCUGUCCAUUCUCCUACAGUGAAGUUAGCCAGCGUCCAGAGCUGGUAGCCCAGAUGACGCCAGAGGAAAAGGAGGCAUACAUAGCCAUGGCCUCCGCCUUUGCCAGUGCUCUUGAUUAG